GAGACUAUAAUCCAAACCGAAAAAUAUACAUAGGCCGAAUGUGAAAUAAAUUUCAUGGAUGUUGCUCAAAUUGAUAUUAUGGCAUUCAUUUGGGGCCAAUUUCCAAUAACAGUAAAAAGACGACAAACACUAUAGAGCGAUCGAACUCUCACUUGAAAAAACCCUUCCACCAUUUUCAUCGCCACAGAUAUAGCUCAGCAAAAAAUGUCGGAUGCAGAUGACAACGCAAAAACGUCUGACGAAGAUGAAAACGCGGGCGGCGCCGUAACCCUAGCCCGGCCCGAAGAAGAAGCCCUCCGCCUCAAAACCUUGGCAGAGGAGAAUCACGCUUCCGGCAACCUCAAAUCCGCCUUGAAAUACGCCAAGCGCGCGCUCAAGCUCCACCCAUCCCUCGACGGCCUGCCGGAAAUUCUCGCCGCCUUAAAAAUCCUCCGCAGCGCCGCCGCCGAAGGCAGUUCAUCCACCCAGAAUGCCACCCCUGAUUACUACAAAAUUCUGCAGGUGGAGAGAUUCUCACACAUCAACACAAUCAAAAAGCAGUACAAGAAGCUGGCUUUGACCCUGCACCCGGACAAGAACCCGUCGGCGGCAGCGGAAGAGGCGUUCAAGUUGGUCGGUGAGGCCAUGGGAGUUCUGUCGGAUAAGAUCAGGCGGAAAGAGUAUGAUAUGAAGAUUAGGGUUUCUAUGCAGGCUAUAGCAUCCGAGGCGGUGGAAUUGGGGCCGGAGGGGGGUGUGGUGACAUUCUGGACUUCGUGCUCGGCUUGUCGUUUGUUACAUCAGUUCGAGAGAAAGUAUUUGGGGCAUAAUUUGAUGUGCCCUAGGUGUAAAAAGAGCUUUAAGGCUAUGGAGGUCGAGGAGGGAACGGAUAACGUGGAAGAUGGUGGGAUUGGAGAAGGGAAAACGAGGGUGAGCGCUAGGAUUCGAGAGAGAGCUACGAAAGGCGAAAACUUGGGGAUUGUGGAGAAAUGUGGCUUGGGGGUGAAGAGGAAAAUCGGUAGUGUGGCGGAAGUUUUGGAGAGGCCGGAGAAGAGAGUGGCGAGAAAGACGGGUGGAGAUGGUGGUUUAUUGAAGGAUUUGAAGUCUAAGAGAGUUGAGAGGGUUGAAAAUAUUGGUGUAGUGGAGGAAAUAAAAUCGACGAGAGUUGGAGGGGCAAAAGGGUCAAAGAGUUGUGGGGUUGAGACGGUGGAGAGUGAGAGGAGCAAGAGAGCGAAGGCUAGGGAAGAAGAGACGAUGACAUUGUCUCAAAUGAAGAUUUUGGUUAAGAAGAAAAAGAAGAAGCCGUUUGAGGGGAGAUUGAUGAUGAAAGAGAAUGAAGUUGAUGUUGAGAAGAUAAAGGGAAAGGAAAGGGAGGGAGAUAAUCGGGAGGAAGAGAAUGAGAGAGAAGAUGACAUGGAGAAGGAGGAAGAAGAUGAGAGAGAAGAGGAGAGAGAAAAUGAAAAGGAGAUGGAAGAGGAGGAGGAGGAAGAAAGAGAAGAGGUGACCGAUGAGGAAAAAGAAACGAUGAACUUGAGGGAAUGGAAGAAUAGGGCGAGAUUGUCGAAGGAUAGAAAAGUAAAAGUUGUAGAAAGAACAUCAAAGGAAGGUAGUUUAGAGGUAUUAAUGUCGGAAAAAGAGCAGAGUGAGGAUGGACAAGAAAAUGAGAGAGAAGUAGUGGUCACGAGGGAGAAGAGGGUAAGGCGCAGAGGUUCAAAGUACGGAAAUUCGGAAGCCGUAAAAAAGAAAACAUCAAAGACUCGCGUGGAGUCCGAGAUUGAGAAGCUUAUAACUAAACGAAAGGGCAAUGUGGAGAUAAUGUCGGUCGAAGAUUCAGAUUUUCACGAUUUCGAUAGAGAUAGAAGGGAGAGAAGCUUCAAGAAAGGGCAAGUGUGGGCGUUAUACGACGACAGUGAUGGAAUGCCGCGGCAGUACGCCCUGAUUGAUCAAAUCGUUUCCAUAAAUCCAUUUGAGGUGAAACUGAGCUGGCUGCAAUUUCAAAGCAACGGAGUAAAUGAAUUAACAAAUCGUCGGAGAACGGGUUCUCACGUGUCGUGUGGGAGAUUUACGGUUUCUGGGGAAGUUUCGGUUAAAUAUCUGAAUUUAUUUUCUCAUGCUGUGGAUUGUGAAAGGGCGGCGAGAGAGGUGUACAGAAUUUAUCCGAAGAAAGGCUCUGUUUGGGCACUAUAUAAUAGUGAAAAUACGGAUAAGCCGUGUUACGACAUUGUUAUAUCGUUGAGCAGUUACAGUGAUGUACAUGGGGUGAGUGUAGCUUACCUUGAGAAGGUGCCUGGUUUCAGGACGGUUUUUAAGAGAAAGGAAAUCGGGGCUAAUUUCGUCAUUUGUUUAGGAAAUAACGAUGUGAAACUGUUUUCACAUCAGAUUCCUGCAAAGAAACUUUCUGGUGAAGAAGGCUUGGGAAUUACGAAGGAUUGUUGGGAAUUGGAUCCUGCUUCGAUUAAUCUUUAAUUACUUGUGGGAUCGUAGUUUGUUACAUAUAGGUUUAAUUGGAGUGUUAUGAAUGUUUAAUUUGACUUGAGUUCUUACUUUCACUGGGAAUAAAACGAAAGUUAGUACAAUUAAAUUAAGUGUGAAUUAUGUUCUAAAGUCGAAGGGUGUAUGUACAUAAUGUAGAAUCGGGACAAGGAAUAUAUUUGGGUCGAUUUUCGUGGAGAAAAUAUAUAUUAUAUAUAUUUUUUUCUCACGUCCAU